AUGUUCGCUGAAACCUCGCCUAGCGCAUUCUGGGGGGCGCGAACUGCUAAAUCUAACUUUUGUGAAGAGGAUUAUGUGGUGACAAGAUACAUCGCCGAGUUCAUCAACAGUUUGACCAACAUCGUGUACAUACUCUACGCCAUUUAUGGACUCCGCAAGCUGCGACAAAAAUCAAGUUGCGAUAUCUUUCGUGCCAUCCCGUACUGGGGUUUGAUGGCCGUUGGAAUAUGCUCUGCCGCGUUUCAUAUUAGCCUCAAAUACCACACCCAAAUGUUGGACGACCUCUCCAUGCUUUUCACGACGACCCCGGUUCUUCACCAGGUCUUGACCGUCAAUACCAGUCGCAGACAUUCGAUUAUGCUGGCUAUCCUACUCUGGUCAUCUCUUAUGAUCCUAGUGGUUUAUCACGUCAGGACGGAUGAGCUUCUUUUGCACUCCUUGUCCUUUGCUGCCAUGGUGACCGUCAUUGGGAUCCGCACCAUGCAGCUAAUCAACGCUCGGACACUAGCAGGCUCAGCGGCUCGAAAGCAGAUCUGGGGGAUGGUAAGAUUUGGAGCAGUCAUUUUCAAUUUGGGAUUCUACCUCUGGUUGAUUGAUGGAUGGGUAUGUGGGUUUUUGAGAAGCACGCGGGCGAAGAUAGGUCUUCCCUUAGCUUUUCUAUUAGAGCUUCACGGGUGGUGGCAUAUAUUUACCGGAAUUGGCGCAUAUAUCUUUAUUGCGGUGGUAGAUCACCUCGUGUCUAGUGAGAGUCACGAUGGUCUUGAAGAGUCCUUUGCUUGGCCUGCUUCAUGGGCUUCCAGGUCAGUUUUCGCAGGAAGCGAUGCGGAGGUGGCUCAUAAGAAACAAAGUUGA